AGAGGGGCAGAGGAGGAAGUGAAACACCAAACCCAGCCAAAACACCGAGAAGGACACCCAAAGUUUAAGCAUGCAGCAUAAACCAUCUCUGUUGCAGGAAAAUAACCGCAGUCUCGACGUGCGUUUUCUCGAUCCGAACUGCGCCUGAGUUGGUUUUAUUGGAGCAUGUUUCACAAAAACUACCCGUGUAAAGCAUUUUGCAGCAGAUUGAUGAUCACCAUUCUCCAGCUCAAUAAACGACUUAUAACAAUGUCAGUACGGAAGUGCUUAGAGGAGAGGAACCCGAAGCGGCUGAGCAACGAGCUGCGGACCGGCGGGGGCACAGCCGCGCUCCGUGACGCGGAGCCGGAGACCUGCGGGGCGCACCGGGUCACGGAGGAGGAGAUGGCCAUCCACGUGGCCCACAGGCGGGCGUGCGAGGCAAAGCAGCAGAUGUAUCGCGACCCCUCCACCGGGUAUAAGGUGUUUACAGAGUAUGCCCACCUUCAGAGAGGGAGAUGCUGUGGCAGCGCGUGCAGACAUUGUCCACAUGGCCAAGUCAACGUGAAGGACCCUGCCAUGAAGAAGCGGUUUAAUUCUCUAUUUUAUGUGUAGGCCUAACAAAGGUAAACCGCAAGACAUAGUUGAAAUGGAGCCCAAAUACACUUUGUGUGCCUUCUGCCUGUCAUUAUUUUGACUACUUUAGAGUCAUUUUUUUCCAGCUGUGUAAUAAAUGAUGAAAUAUG